AUGCUCCACCUCCCCGGCGCGGCGGGCGAGACGGGCCGGUGGUGCGCCCUCGGCGGACUGGAGAGGCCUCGGGAUCCCACCUCGGCCGGCGGGGGGGGAGACACGGGCGCGGGGGAGGGCGGGACGCGCGGCGGGGGAGAGAACCCCCCCGGACCGGCGACCGCCCGCCCCGCGCCCGAGCGCCCCCGCCGGCCUUCACCUUCAUUGCGCCACGGCGGCUUUCGAGCGAGCCCCCGACUCGCGCACGCGUUAGACUCCUUGGUCCGUGUUUCAAGACGGGUCGGGUGGGUGGCCGACGUCGCCGCCGACCCCCAACCCGACUCCGGGAAGACCCGGGCCCGGCGCGCCGGGGGCCGCUACCGGCCUCACACCGUCCACGGGCUGGGCCUCGAUCAGAAGGACUUGGGCCCCCCACGAGCGGCGCCGGGGAGUGGGUCUUCCCCCGGGCUGCGGGAGAAGCGGCCCGCCCGCGAGCGAGCGCGGGCCGCCCCGACCCGGGACGGGGGCGGAGUCUGGGAGAGACCGGGGACCGGCCUCCCCACGGGCCCGCCGCCCCGACCCCUUGGACGGACGGGCGACCCCCGACGGGUCUUUAAACCUCCGCGCCGGAACGCGAUACCAGGUACCUGGACACGAGAGGGCGGACGAGCGAGAGGCGGGGUGAGGUGCCACCGCGGGGAGCCGGCCCCAGACCGGGCCACCGAGGCCGCGGGGGGCGAGGGCGGGGCGGAGGGGAAGGCGAAGGCGGACCGAGAGGGGGGAGGACGGCGGCCGCACACGGUGCGAGGCCGAGCCCCCCCCGACCGACGCGCGAGGCGCCCAGUGCGGGAAAGCCAGCGGGGGAGGGGACCGCCACGAGGGCGCGCAGGCGAGGCGAGGCAGGGGCCCGAGGCGCGGCGCCCCGCGGCGGCGCAGAACGGGAGAGGAGCGCGGGGACGCGGGGAGCGGAGCGCAGAGACGGAGGAGGCGGGCCGACGGGGAAAAGCGGACGCGGCGGCGGCCCCCAGCGGCUGGGGAAUGCGACGCGCCACGCGGGCCCGGACGCGGGCGGGGUCGGCGGAGCAGGGGCAGGGGGAAGCGGCCGGCGGGCGACACGACCCACCCGCAACAUGCCUUAACCCGGGCAACCGGCUCGCCCACCCGGCGGCACGGGCGCCGCGGGGACGGCACCGCACACGGCCACACCCACCGGGCCGACGCCGGCCACGCGAUCCCAGCCGGCCUCCCUACCGCUCCUUCCUCUCCUCUCUCGCGCCCCCUCGCCAACUCAACCCGUCCGCGGCCGCGGGAAACACCGGGACGGGGGAAGGUCCUCACCGGCACGGCCGCCCCGGGAGCGGGCAGGUCCCUCCUCCCAGGCCGGCCCCGACGUGCGAGAGCGGGCCACACGGGGACGGACGACGACGGCGACGCGGGAAAGACGGCGACGACGACGAGGAGGAGCCCCGAGGGACCGCGGCGCCGGAAACCCCGGCGGAUCGCGGAAGGCCACCCUCGCGCCGAAUAGUCAAGUUCGACCGUCUUCUCAGCACUCCGCCAGGGCCGUGGGCCGACCCCGGCGGGGCCGAUCCGAGGGCCUCACUAAACCAUCCAAUCGCGGGCGGCAGCGAGGAGGAGACGGGGAGCCAACGAGGGGGAGCGAGGGCGGCGAGGCGGAUCCCGGGUCGCCGCACACCAGAACGACCGGGCAGGCCCGACCGGCCCGAGAGCACACACGAGGGUGGGCGCGGAGCGGGCGCGGGAAGGGAGGGAGGCGCGGACCUCGAUCCGGGAGACCGAGGCCACCGACCAGCGAACGCCGGCAGCGACCGGGAAGACCGACACCGGCGGGCCAAGCCGGCCGCCGACGCGACCCAACCGCCACCAUCCAGGACGGCGGCGCGGGCACACGGGCAAGCCGGCCCGAAUUCACUCGCUCGCACGGACGCGGGGGCCGAGCACACAGCGACCCGCGCCGCCGCGGACCGGCGGUGCCGGCAGGGGGUCGGGGGUCCGCGGCGACGACCCGUCGGCGACAAGUCACCGGCCAACGGCGGCGGCCGGAGGCGGCGGCAGGGACCCCGGGAGGCGGGCGACACCAAACCCAACGCACGCGAGCACGCUCACACGCGGACACCGCCGGCACAGAGCGGACAGGGCCAGGCACGGGAACCGGGGUCGCGCCGGGCACGCGGCGGCGACACGCCGAGAGAGCACAACACCCCGGAUCCGGGACAGGGGCGGGGACGAAGCCACACGGCUCGAGACGGAGGAGACGAUGCGAUGCGGGCAAGCCUACGCACGGCGAAGCGGGAGGGAGGCGCGGGAACCCGGGACAACAUCGCGCAGGCACGCGAGGCGGCGCCCAGCGGGAGGAGGCACGUCGUGACGCCGGCUUCGGGCCCCUCGGACGGCCAACUCCCGAGCGAGGGACGCACGCGGGAAUCUCACCACCACCGCCCCCGUGGCGUACCGGCGGUCCCGCUGGCAGGAACCCUCGUCAACACCAACACAACGCCCGACUCGACCGUCCGCCGGUGGCCGGCCACCAGGCCAAACCGGCGAGGAUCGCGGAAGGCUGAUGCGGGUGAGGAGGGCACGCCGGAAGCACAACAAGAAGAGCAGCGGGAGGGUCACCGGGUCGGGUCACCGGGGCGAGAGGCGAGUGAGCGAGCGGCCACCCCCUCACACGGGCGGGUGGCGCAGCCGCAGACCAACGGGGAGGUGGGACCUUUCCGGGCACAGCCGGCACGCCAGGUAAACGAACGCGGGAUCUCACCACCCCCAACUCCGGGGCGGUCCCGCGCAACGCCUGGGACACCGAGCCGGCCGACCAGCGGACCGGAAACCCCCACCGCGGCAGCGGCGGGCCCCCCCAAAAGAGGCCCGAGAGGGAAAAGGCAGCUCUCGCACACACCUCAAAGACCCCGUGAACGCCCGCGGAGCCGCCCGCGCCAGCAGGGCCCCACCGCCUCCAUCCACACCACACCGCCGGGCACAGCACCCAUCAUCGACCGCCUCUUUUUCGGCCGC